UUAGCCCAAGAAUGUAGGAAAUCUGAAUCUGAAGACAACUAAAAUGCUUUUGAGUUUCAAGUUGGCGUUCCUGUAAAUGUGAAAUGUUCCAAGCUCUUAUUACCGUCCUUAAUAAAUGCAAAUCAUUCUCUGAACUAAAGCAAAUUCAUGCUCUGUUAAUAACUUUUGGCCUCUGUCAUGAUGACCCAAUGUUAUCAAAACUUCUCUUUUUCUCUGCUCUCUCCGAUACAGGCAACAUCGAUUACGCAUACCGGGUUUUUUCCAGGCUACCCACCCCAACAGUCUUUAAUUGGAACACGAUUAUCCGAGGUUACUCCAACAGUAAAAAUCCAAACAAAUCAUUUUCAGUUUUUAUUAAAAUGUUGAGAGCCGGAGUCUUCCCUGAUUAUUUAACAUACCCUUUUCUGGCCAAGGCAUCUGCACGCCUUUUAAAGCCAGAACUUGGUGGUGCAAUUCAUGGCCACGCGUUAAAAAAUGGGUUGGAGUUAGAUAAGUUUAUAAACAACUCUUUGAUACAUAUGUAUGCAUCUUGUCGUGACAUAGUUUACGCUCGUCGAGUGUUUGAUGGAAUGCCCAUGAAGAAUAUUGUUUCGUGGAAUGCUAUGUUAGAUGGUUAUGCUAAGUGUGGGGAUAUGGCUUUGGCGCGUCAAGUUUUCGAUUUGAUGCCUCAAAGGGACGUUGUUUCGUGGAGCAGUUUGAUUGAUGGGUAUGUUAAGAGUGGGGAUUAUAAGGAGGCGUUGGCAGUUUUCGAGGAAAUGCGGGUCUUGGGUCCCAAGGCUAAUGAGGUAACUAUGGUGAGUGUGUUGUGCGCUUGUGCGCAUCUGGGUGCUCUUGAUCAAGGGAGGUUAAUGCAUUGUUAUGUGAUGGACAACGGGUUACCAAUGACUUUGGUUUUACGUACUUCUCUUGUUGAUAUGUAUGCUAAAUGUGGGGCAAUAGAGGAAGCUCUGGAUGUCUUUCGUUGGGUUUCUAAUGGUAGGAGUGAUGUGUUGUUGUGGAAUGCUAUGAUUGGAGGGUUUGCUACUUAUGGAUUGGUUAAAGAAUCGCUUCAAUUGUUUACUGAAAUGCAAAUAGUUGGGAUUGUCCCGGAUGAGAUCACGUACUUGUGCUUGUUGAGUGCUUGUGCUCAUGGUGGAUUAGUGAAGGAAGCUUGGUACUUCUUUGAGUGUCUUGGUAAAUAUGGCUUGUCUCCUAAGAGUGAGCAUUACGCUUGCAUGGUGGAUGUCAUGGCUCGAGCAGGGCAGGUAGCAGAGGCAUACCAAUUUCUAUGUGAAAUGCCCAUGGAGCCAACAGCAUCAUUGCUGGGUGCUCUGCUAAAUGGGUGCUUAAUACAUGGAAAAUCUGAUCUUGCAGAAAUAGUAGGAAGGAAGCUAAUUGAGUUAGAACCAGAUCAUGGUGGUAGAUAUAUUGCCUUGUCAAAUGUUUAUGCUACUGCCAAGCGAUGGAAUGAAGCAAGAACAAUGAGAGAGGCCAUGGAGAGAAGAGGAGUGAAGAAGUCUGCUGGAUUUAGUUGUGUGGAGAUAUGAGGAGCUCUUUACAGUUUUAUAGCUCACGAUGAAACACACCCAAAUUCGGAACAAAUUUAUAAAAUGCUAAAAUUUAUUGUAAGCCAAAUGAAACGUGAUGUUAAUAAGGAUAAUCAAUAAAAUAUCUUUUUAUGAAAUGAAAUGUAGUUGAGUGCAUGUUAUCUUUUCAAUAAAUUUCCCCAAAGAAUGUUUAUCUUGAGUUGAAUGUGUUCUCUCUUUCACUCAGAAGGUCCACUGCGAAUAGUAUUUAUUCAACUUUUAAUAAUUCAUACUUCUGUCAGUACUCAAUAGC